AUGAAACAGUUCACUGGGUCCGGUGAUUUUUCCAAAAAAGCACCAACAUAUUAAAUUUUGAAAUAAAAAACACUUUGCGGUUAAAACCAGCCAAGCGUUAAAUCAUCCACUAUAGUUUAGAAACUUACAUUAAGCCAUUAAUCGAUUUGUUUUAACAUUUUUUUAAAAAAUCUCAUGAAUUGUAAUGAAAACUGUAUAGAAUAAAUUGCCUUAGAAAAGUUUAAAAUCGAGCGUUUUUGUUAUGACUAACAUCAUCAUGAACACAUUGGUGCAGUCAUAUCUCAUCAUCAUUUUAGUAAUUAUUUCUCUGGCCGCUACACCUUUAGCAUCAAAUGGAACCUCAGGAUCUUCUUCUGGAUCGGCGGGCUCUUCGGUUCCAGAAGCAAUCGAGGGUGAGCCACAUGUGGAUGAGUGGGUUUCUUGGAAGGAGAAGUACAACAAACAGUAUGCCUCAGAGGAUGAGGAAGUUGAGAGGUUUUUGAUUUGGCAGGAGAAUUUGGAAAAGGUCCAAAUGCACAACUCCCAGUCAGGUGACCAACCGGAACAAUCUUUCAGCGGAGUGCGACUGGGCAUGAACGAAUACGCCGACUUCACUCAACAGGAGUUCCUCGACACCCUACUAGGACACCGCAUCUUGCCCAUGAUGAUCCCAGAUGAUUCUGGAUCGGGGGAGGGGCAGGCUAUGAUGGUUGGGGAGGGGGAGGUGCCUGAGGAGCAAGAUUGGAGGGAGAAGGGGUACGUUACUUCCGUGAAAUAUCAGGAUCACUGUGGAAGCUGUUGGGCGUUUUCGGCCGCGGGCGCUUUAGAGGGCCAGUAUUUCAAUAAAACAGGGCAACUAGUAGAUCUCAGUGCGCAACAGAUGUUAGACUGCACCGAUAACUCCGACUGUUCUGGGGGAAACGUAGAAUUUGCGCUCAAAUAUCUCAUCGAGAGAGGGUCCAUAAGUGACCACGACUAUCCAUACACCGCUGAUGACACACAACCUUGCAUGGACCAAAACAUGGACAUAGUUACAACGAUGUCCAGUUAUGACAAAAUUCCGAAGGGCGACGAGGAGAAAUUACGAGAAGCUGUCGGUUUGAUAGGGCCAGUUUCGGCUGCUAUUGAUUCGGCGCAUUUCGCUUUUCAAUUUUAUGAGAGCGGUGUGUUUUACGAACCGAAUUGCGACCCAGACGCUCUGAAUCACUCGGUGCUGAUUGUGGGUUAUGGGACUAGUGAAACAGGGGAGGAGUAUUGGAUUGUGAAAAACACUUGGGGAGCAGAUUGGGGCAUGGAUGGUUACUUCAGACUGGCUAGAAAUCGAGAAAACAAUUGUGGGAUUGCCAGUUAUAGCAUGUAUCCUGUUAUAUAAAUUAAAUUAUAUUUUAUAAAAAUGUAUAUGGAUAAAGUUAUUAAAAUGUAUAUGGAUAAAUUAUUGGCCAGGGAUGAUAAAUAUCAAGAGUCACAGCCAUAAGACUUAUAGCAAUUUAAAAAAUCCAAAAAAUUGCGUCAGCUCCAUAUUUACGAUGUUAUUUGUUAUUUUUGAGAGAUAUAUGGCUCAGCUCUCGCAAGUUGCAAUAAUACCAUUAUUGAACAUUUUAAUAAAAUUUUUAUGGGUGAUG